AUGAGGCACAGUGUCACGCUUCUGCAUGCAGAUAAAGGCCGCGGAGUAGCCGCCACCGCAGCCAUCGAGCUUGGAGACCUCAUCGCAUGCGUCCGCCCGGCUGCCGUGCUGCACGGCCCGGUUGACGAGGCGCCCGAUGCGCCCCUCCUGGUGCCCCAGCUAAUCGCGCUGCGGCCAGAGGCGAUACCAUUUGGGACUCACGCCGCGCUGCUGCACCUGACGGACGGCUCUG